UCACUGAGCCAAGUCGAAGCGGGAAAUUGUUUGCAUUGCUUCAAAUUGUAUCCGCAUAUCAGAAUUGUUUUUCGUAGUGCAAAAUGUGUGAUACUGGUAAUUUAAUUGAUCUAUCGGGUUGCGAUGAGCCUGAUACAGACACGACGGAGGCAAUUGAGGAAUGCAUUAUAGUUGAAUCAACUCAUUUUAAAGGACCAUAUGAUCCUUUCGAUUCAAUGGAAAAAGAAGCCUGCAUUAAGGGAUUAAAUAAGAUCGAUGAGAAACAGGAAAAGGUGGCCAACAUCCAACUUGAAUAUUCCGAUCAAGAUCUAAACAAUGAAACGCCACCGGUUGCCAUGGACUUCGAACCGUCGUCGGAUGCCAUAAAAGUGUCCGAAUCACAGACGUUGCAAAAGCAGGUGAUCCAAUUGAAUGCACUCAAGAUGUCCAGUAUGGGAACGCCUCCACCACAUCAUUUAUCCACGAAAUUCUCGCGCAAUGCGAUGCUCACAGAAAAUCUGCAAAUGAUCGCCGCAGAGUCACCCAUUAAACUCAUCGAAGAUGAACCGAAUCUCGUUCCAGAGGCUGCUGCUACCACGUUGAGCGACGAUACGUGCUCGAAUGUGGAGUUUGAGGCCCGAUUAAAGCAGCUACGCAUUGCCAUGCUGGAGUCACCGAUCAAAUCGAAGCCUGCAGCAAUAAAGCCAAGUCCAAAAACAGAGCCACAACAGGCAACUGGGAAUGUUGGCAAACUAUUGCAGGAUUUACAAUCCUUGGUUUGCCAGCAUGUCGAUGUCUCGCAGCGGCAGCAGUUUGAUACGCUUAUCGCUUCGAUCAGUGCAGCUGUGCAGACAAGUCCUCCACCAGCUGUUGAUGAACUGAUGCCCAGCUACAAACGUCAAGCGACAUUUGAUCUGGAUCUUGUGCUGCAGCAAAAGAAAUCCGCCGAGUGCACAGAGUAUGUGGUAGGCAGCAAGAUGCAAGACUUUCCCGAUGCCAUGACCUGUUCCUCGGCCACAUUUGAUGGCGAAUCUCUGGCCACCGAUAAGGCAAUAAUACCCAUAAUUGACAGCGGCGAUAUGUCGCUUCCGAGUGUACCACAGAAGCAAGAAUCCUAUCUAACUAAGGUAGUCAACGAUAAUUUGGCGCUGCAAAUCAAUGAACUGCUCGAGCGGCACAAGCUGACGAAACUGCAGUUGAAUGACACGGUGUCACAGUGUGAUGACCCCGAGUCGACAAAGCCAGUUGGCGGACCAACAGUCAUCUUAGUUGUGAACUCGACGGUGGGCAAUCAGUUGCCCAGCUACGUUGUUCAACCCCACACAUUAUCUAAGACACAGACUCAACAUCCAAGUUCAAAUCGAACAGCAGAGUGCAGCAGCAAGGCGAACACAUUUCGACGACGCUCUUCCUCGCUGUCCAUACACGACAAGUCCAAGCAGGAGAGACCCAAGUCAUUGGUCAAGCAGUCAUCGGGAGACAGCAGCAACGUCAGCGUCAACGUCAACAUCGGGAGCCAUCCGAUGCCCUUGAAGGAGCUGUCUGUGGUGGGUGAUAAAUUCAAUGCCAUGUCCUCCUACAGACAACGUCGCAAUUCCUUUACCGUUGGCAGCAAAGCGAACGGAGGCGCCGCUGCUAAUUCCAGCGUUUCAAUGAUUAGCCAUGGUCGAGCGUUGGCCAGCGGACGGAGCAAGGCGCCAACUAUCAAUGAGACGAACAUCAAAUCGUUGGCUGCGGCCACUAAAGACGCGAUACCAAUUAAGCGCGUUGCACCGAUGGUGAAACCAUCAAUGUUGACCACAGAUGUUAAACAUUUGAAUUCAACAGUGCCGCGUUGUCCUGGCCAAGAGACUCCCAUGCCAAUCAGAUCGAAGCCAGGAGGCAAUAAAUUGUUCUGCACCAGCACACCGAUGCCACAAAUGCGUCGAUCCUUCAAGCCGAUGGGCAGCAACUAUUCCUCCUCCUCCUCCAGCUUGGCAACGGCAACAACAACAACAACGCCUAAUGUGCGUUCCUUGGGAUAUGGAAAGAAGUCGGGUCCAUAAAUGCUUAUUGUGAUUA